AGAGGAGAGCGUGUCGUUAAACAACCAAACUGAAGUUAUAUGAAGGGUCAAGCACUUUUCAUUUGUGACGAUGCGUGAAUUUAAACGUUAAAAGUUAAUUUGUGUUGAUUAGGACGCGCAACUGAACUAGUGUUAGUGAACUGUCCGGAUUACGUUGACGUUCUCGUGGAUUUCCAUAGGCUCAAGCGGGAACAGAACCAUUUCGACGUCAGGCCGAGGCUGGGGUUGUGAGGAAGUGGAGAGGAGGGAUCUGUGCGUGUUGCGUGGAGAAAGGUUUAUAUUGGAUUCUCUGUUGCCUCAAGCACUGUGAAAUCGAGGAUUCUUCUCAGUCCUUUCGUUGAGCGCAAAGUCUGCUAUGUGCGCACAGCGUUGCAAGACAAUACUGUUGCAGCUUAAUCUCUUUUUAUUUGGUGUUAAGCAACAUUUUCGUUGGACUGUAAACACAUAUCUUGUCUGUCGUGGACAGGUAGGGGAAUUGUAGACAGAAGAACUCGCCAUACAGGUUGUCCUUUUACAACUCUGUACCGUCAAUGGACUUCGCGUCAACACUCGUUCACAUACAUAAGUUUUAAAACAUUAUCGACUGAGCUACAUCGUCUAUCAACGGACAGGGUAUGACGGACUUCAGGAAAAAUAAGCUAUACGUCCUGGUAGACGUGCUGUGCGUGGUAGUGGCGGCCCUGCCCUUCGUGGUCAUGAACCUGGUGUUCCGGCCGUACCAGCGCGGCGUGUACUGUGACGACGAGACCAUCCAGUACCCGCUCAAGCCCGACACCAUCACCCACGGCACCCUGGCCGCCGUCACCAUCUCCUGCACCGUCGUCAUCAUCUCCUGCGGGGAGGCCUACCUGGUGUACAGCAAGAGGAUCUACUCCAACUCAGACUUCAACCAGUACGUGUCGGCGCUCUACAAGGUGCUCGGAACCUUCCUGUUCGGGGCCGCCGUCAGCCAAUCGCUGACCGACCUGGCCAAGUUCACCAUCGGGCGUCCGAGGCCCAACUUCAUGGCCGUUUGCGCCCCCAAGGCGUGCAAGGGCUACGUGCUGGGGAUCAACUGCACUGGCCCCUCCCACGCAGUCACAGAAUCCAGGCUAUCCUUCUACUCGGGCCAUUCGUCCUUUGGGAUGUACUGCAUGCUGUUCCUGGCGCUCUACGUCCAGGCGAGGUUGGCGGCUAAGUGGGCCCGACUCCUCCGGCCCACCAUCCAGUUCUUCCUGGUGGCGUUCGCGGUGUAUGUGGGCUACACCCGCGUGUCGGAUUACAAGCACCACUGGAGCGACGUGCUGGUGGGGCUCCUGCAGGGAGCCCUGGUCGCCGUCCUGAACGUGCGCUUCGUGUCAGACUUCUUCAAGCAGCGUCCCCAGCGCUGCUCCGCCCCGCAGGCGGCCGAGACCGAGGAGUCGGAGCGCAAAGCCAGCCUGCAGAUUGUCGACGCCGAACACAACAACCAUUACGGCUACCCGGGGCCUGUGUGAGCAGGGCCCUGGAGCCCCCCACAGCCCACAACCACUCUCACUACAUAUCCCACAAACCACUGGACCGACUGAGGGCGCUUCCUGUAGUCUCCCGGCCUCCGGCAGGAUGCAGGGUGCAACCGGCCCUAACUCGAAAACACGACUGCCUCCCCCCCCCACCCUUGAGGCAGACUGCCUCCCCCCCCACCCUUGAGGCAGACUGCCUCCCCCCCACCCUUGAGGCAGAGGCACCUUUACCGGGACACGCUUGUUGACGUCGACUCGUUUCGACGUCUAUUCCUUUUGCGUUUUUUUUAUUUUUACUUCUGUGUUUUUUUAUUUUAUUUUAUAUAUGUUUAUUUCAAAAUAACCAAAUAUUCGGAACAUUCAGAGAUUGCGGCAAAUGGAAGGGCAGAUACGCAGACAUUAAGACCAUAGUCAAAGGGGGAAUGUCUACAUUAGUCUCAUUUUAGUGCACCUUAGUGAGUUUGAGAUUGGUGUGAAUAUUUUAGCUGAGUGAAAUGAACUGUAGUGGGUUGGUGAUGUGGAUUGUGUGAGUUUGGUUGGAUGUUUAAGAAUGGUAUACCACUAGAUCACAAUCACUGCAUUGUUUUUAGCGAUUAAAAAAAACGUCUCUAUAUUUUCCCCAGUCAGAAACCCACAUAUUUAGUUUCUCCUUUGAACAUAGAUGAAGGUCGUAAUUUGUUGAAAAGCCAUUUUGAAAAUGGUUUUGAAAUGGUAAUUUAUUUGUCUUGUUUCUUGUGUAUUCAGUUUGAAUGUGUCUAAUACGCGGGCGCUGUUCAUGUGUUGUGCCUUCACAAUCCUGACUGCCAGCCACUAUGAGCCUGACUGUACCUGACAAAAUCAUGUUUCAUGUUGAAGGAAAACUUUUAUACACAUGUAUGUUUUAUUAUCUCAGAAGUAACGCGCUGUUUUCCAUGUGUGUACACCAGAGCCCAUAUUAAAUCAGUUUUUUCUCAAACCGGUGCCUUCACGACGCCACAAAUAGAUCCUAUUCAUGUUCAAACACAGACCAGAUGAAUUGGAAUGAGAUUUUGAAAGGAGGUUGGAAUGAUUAAGCUCUCCGUCGCGAGCCUUUUCGCGGCUCGCGUCGUAAUACUGUUCAAUCUCCACUUCAAAGCUUCCAUUUCCCUUCUCCGUUCCUGUCCAGACUUAAGGAGCUCAUUUGUGAAUCGGGCUCCUGUCCUGUACGCCCCUUUCGGCUCACCAGGCCCCGCGUGGCACUAGGACGGGAGGCCCAGCUGCCUGGCUCCAGACCCAGGAUGGGCCCUGGGGCUUGGCUGGUACUGACUGAAGCUGUGCCCCAGAACCACGGAGCGACAGGGGCCUAAAGAGCCCCCUGACCCCCCCCCCCCCACCACCACACAGUCCCUCAAGACACACGUUAAAGCACUUUUAUUUCUGCUUUGAAUUCCAGAGAAUUGGAACCAGCUGGAGCAACUUCGGUGUUGUGUAAGUCUCACCUCAGUUUUACCAAACAACCCACCCGUACCAAAUAUCCUAUUAGUCCACAUUUGGCAGAGAGCAAAAACACAGGUGCGGAACUGUUAUGAUGUCUGAGUUCCCUCCGGCUUGGUCAGGAAAAGCAUUUCAGUCGGACACUGUGACGUGAGGCUGAGCGUGUACAGCAGAGCGAACUUUCUCACCUUAUGUUUCUGGUUUUAAUGAGAUCUGUAAACUCUUCGGUGAUCUUUCCUGAGCUAAUGUACGUGACAGAAUUUCAAAUAAAGACAAUAUAAAAGUA